AAACCCUCCGGUGAUACAAUCACAAAGGGGCAAUUGUCCCAUCCCAAGCCCUUCUCUCUCGGUUGUUCUUCUACUUUCCAUUGAAUUCAAUUCAAAAUCGUCCAAAAUCUCCUCUUUUCCUCUACUUUGAUUUCUCUGCGCGCCCAAAUAUACCUAGAUUGAUGUUUUGUCUUUUAUAUAUAUAUAUACACCCAUUAUAGUUAAUAUUUUGCUUCAUCAAUCUCUCUCUCUACCCAUCCAUCUAUCUUUGUCUCAAACAUGAGUAGUUCUAGGGUUUUGAUUCCCAACAAUGUUCGGAACAUGAUUCAAGAUAUCAGAGAGAUCACUGGGAAGCACAGUGAUGAAGAUAUAUACACUGUACUCAAGGACUGCAAUAUGGAUCCUAAUGAAACUGCUCAGAGGCUCCUGUAUCUUGACACAUUUCACGAGGUCAAAAGGAAACGUGACCCGAGAAAAGUGAAUUUGAACAACAGAGUCUACGAAGAAUCUAGGUGGACAACAGGAACACAGGGGCGAGGGGCUAGAGGUGGUCGGGUGAACUAUUCAUCUUCUUAUUUUUCUCACGGUGCUGGCGGUGGAAGGAAUGUGAGUGCUCGUAAGGAAAAUGGAGUCAGUCAUAGCAUGGAGAGAGGUUUUAAGCCCUCCCUGUCAGUUCCAGAAAAAACAAAAAAUAAUGCGAACCCUCAUGUCACAAAAUCUUCUACCAUUUCAGUCAAUGGGCCCACACAUGUUCCUGAUGGCAGUUCCAGUCAUGAACGUGGCACCCAAUCAUCUGCAUGUAUUAUUGGUGUUUACUCCUCUACUUCAGAUCCUGUGGUGGUGGCACCUCUCAAUUCCCAGAUCCCCAGCGUGGGGGCGAUCAAAUGUGAAAUAAACAGCCAAAGAAUUGCUGCAGAAUCUGGUGCCUUUAACCCUUCCGGGAAAAGAUCGAGUAAGCUAAAAGAAUCCCAGAUUCUUGAAAAGAAUCAGCCGUUGGAGCCUUCCAAAGGUACAAUUCUGUCAUCAUCACGUGUUACAUGUUUUUCUAGUAAUUUUAAACGGCGCAUUGUCCACGCCUUUUUAUUCCUUCGCUUGUGUGAUAUAUUGUGCCACGGACAUCAAAUACCCAAGCCUUUGUAUAAUUUGUUAUUUUGAUGACUAUAUUUCUUC